AUGCCCCCCGAGUUCGGGUUCUGUGCUUGGCCGUUAGAGCUAUCGCUGUUUGCAGAGGCAGUAACGUUAUCUCCGAAAGCCAAGCUGCAGACUCCCUCCUGUGCUCGUCGGGGACCUGUGGGAGACGCCACCGAUAACAAUCAAGUUCUCGGGAUCGGAAGCGGUUCUACGAUUGUCCACGCAGUAAAUCGAUUAGCCGAGCGGGUUAAGCAGGAGAACCUGACGAUUGUCUGCAUCCCGACGUCUUUUCAGGCCCGUCAGCUGAUCCUGCAGAACGGCUUAACACUAAGUGACUUGGACCGGCAUCCAGAGCUUGAUGUCGCCAUCGACGGGGCGGAUGAAGUGGACUCUGACCUCAACCUUAUCAAAGGGGGCGGUGGUUGCUUGACACAGGAGAAGAUAGUUGCAGGAUAUGCAAAAUGCUUCAUCGUUAUUGCUGAUUACAGGAAAAAAUCAAGGAGCCUCGGGGAGCAAUGGAAGAAGGGAAUUCCUAUCGAAGUCAUCCCCAUGGCUUACGUCCCCGUCACCAGAGCCCUGACCAAAAGCUUUGGAGGUGCUGCGGAGCUGCGGAUGGCUGUUAGCAAAGCGGGCCCCGUGGUGACGGACAAUGGGAACUUCAUCCUGGACUGGAAGUUUGACAGGGUUCAUGAAUGGAGUAAAGUGAACGCCGCUAUAAAAAUGAUACCAGGUGUGGUGGAGACGGGGCUCUUCAUCGACAUGGCAGAAGUUGUGUACUUCGGCAUGGAGGACGGCUCGGUCAGCGUGAGGGAGAAGCAGCCUCACUGACGCCGGUGCGCCACCGGCUCUGCUUCGCCUUUGGCCACUCGGAUUCAGCUGUUGUAAUGGUGCCCAACCUGACGUUUUGCCUUAACGAGCAGCGGUUGUUGCAGGAGACGGAUGGGAAGUGGAUUGGAAUCCGCUGAUGUGAUACUGAAUGUCUUUUUUUUAAAAAACAACAAAAAAAAAUUAUAUUCUAUUUCUAUAUAUAUAUAU